GAGACAGGAGGCCUGAAAGCUUAUAAAUUUAUAGAUGAUGAGAGAAGGGUUAUCAAAACGCACUUUCAUUUUAUAGACAGUGUUAUAGUCUUUCUCACGAUGAUUAUAGAGAAUGUGGAAGCCUUGAAGUCAUGGCUGGCAAAACUCCUGGAGCCAAUAUGUGAUGCUGACCCGUCUGCAUUAGCCAACUAUGUGGUUGCUCUUGUGAAGAAGGACAAACCAGAGAAGGAGCUGAAAGCACUUUGUGCUGAUCAGCUUGAUGUCUUCCUACAAAAAGAGACAACAGGAUUUGUCGAUAAACUUUUUGAAUGUCUGACAACCAAGAACUACCUGGGAAAUCCUGCUGCCAAGGAGGCUCCUAAAGAGGAGGUCAAACCACCUGCAGUCAAAUCUGAUGUUGUGGAGGCUGAAACUCCAGAGGAGGAGAGAGAAAACAGGUGGAGGAGAAGUCCUCUGAGAAACCGCUCCGACUUCAACGAGUCCAGGAGCCGCGAUGACAGGAGGCGAGACGAGCGCAAGCGCCGUGACUUCGAUCGACACGGGAAAAGCAGCAGUGACUCCCAUCGUGAGCGGGAGCGGCACGAGCGUCGCAGGGGCAGCCCCCGCGGGAGGAGCUACAGCCGCAGCCGGAGCAGGAGUGGCAGCCGAGGAAAGAGCAGGGACAGGGAGCACAGAGGAGGUAGAGACUUUAAGUCAAAGUUUGAGGUGGAAAGAAAGGAUACAGAUGGCUACAACUCUUCAACCACAUCCGGCUCCCAGCAGCAGCAGCAGCAGCAGCAGCACCCGCCGCCUCUCCUGCCCCUGCCCACACCUCCACACCCUUUUUCCUCCUCUUCCUCAUCAUCCGCUGGAGUCUCAGGAGCUGGAGGUGUUCCUAUAGCAACACUGGCUCACCUGCCCGAUAGCACCACAGACAGCUGGUCGGGCUACUAUGGCACCCAGAGGCAAGAUGGUGUCGGGAAACCAUUCAGCAACAAGCCCGCUUCACUCAAACAGCGUUGCAGGGAUUAUGAUGAAAAAGGAUUUUGUGUUCGUGGGGACCUUUGUCCAUUCGACCACGGCAAUGACCCUCUCAUUGUGGAUGAUGUAAAUCUACCAAAUAUGAUCCCAUUCCCGCCUCCACCUGUUAUGCCCCCCGCCGGCCUGCCCAUGCCCCCAAUCACCGAGCCCCCGCCUUCCCUCAGGAUGCCUUCGAUGCCACCUUAUGGCCAGCCACCGCCACCGGGCGUCUUCCCCAUGCCUGGAGUUGGACCCCCACUGAUAGCAACCAGUGGGAUUGAUACCCCCAACCACCAAUCUGCAAUCACUUCUUCUCCUCCUAUUGGACCGCCUGGCGUGGGGAUGCCACCUACUCUUCCUCCUCCUCCUCCUCCUCCUCCACCUCCUCCUCCUUCAUCCUCGUCUGUGUCUCUUCGUCCCCAAUAUGUGCAGUCUGAAUAUAACUAUGAUCCAGAGGGCUACAACCCAGAAUCCCCAGGGCUGACUACAGCAGGUCGUAACCAGUACCGUCAGUUCAUUCCCCGGGUGCAGACCCAGCGCUCCAACCUCAUUGGCCUCACCUCCAGCGAAGGACAAGGCUCCAGAGCUGCAAACAUAGUGAUCCAGACAGAGCCAGCCACUGUAGCCAGCACUCCUGGAGGUAACGUGUCCCGCUUCAACACAGAGCAGGACAGCAGGAAGAGAACCAUGGGACACAGUACAGCUGAGGGACCAGCAGCUAAAAAACCCUGGAUGGAAAAGCCAAACUUUAACAACCAACAUAAGAGCAGUUUUCCCAAGAGGAAUCACUAUGUGAACACCAAGCUGGAAGUGCGCAAGAUCCCUCGGGAUCUCAACAAUAUCACCAAGCUCAAUGAGCACUUCAGCAAGUUUGGAACCAUUGUCAAUAUACAGGUUGUGUUUGGCGGAGAUCCAGAGGCAGCGUUGAUUCAGUACACAAAGAAUGAAGAGGCCAGACGGGCCAUAUCCAGCACAGAGGCGGUCCUCAAUAACCGCUUCAUCCGUGUGUACUGGCACCGUGAGCCCGGCGCCAACACCACAGGGCUUCAGCAGCAGGAGCACAGCUCAGGGAGCCAGGGAGCUGGAUCACCACCCACCCAGGGGCCGCAGCACUGCAACAUGCAUAAGGGGGUAAAACAGCACAAUCCAGCAGCCUACGUGUUGAACAAGACUGUACCAAAGCAUCGCCUGGCAGCAGCACCUGGGACCACAGCUCCAACCAAGCUGGAUAGCCUGAACCCAAACACAGACGCUGUCACGGUGGCGCCUGCACUGACAAACACCCAGAAGGGCCCCUACACUUCCACAGCCCUCAAGUCGUCCUCAAAGAGCCUUGGGAAAACGGGAAGAGCACUAGAAGCACAGGAAGUCCUCAAGAAGAAACAGGAGGCAUUAAAGCUCCAGCAGGACAUGAGGAAGAAGAAGCAAGAGAUGUUAGAGACACAGAUUGAGUGUCAGAAGGCCUUGAUAAACCGCCUGGAGAAGAACCGAGGGAUGAAACCUGAGGAGAGAGCCAACAUCAUGAAGACCCUGAAGGAGCUGACGGAUAAGAUCACCCAGCUGCAGAAUGAAAUGAAUCCUGCCUCCCAGGUCUCCAGUACUAAACCCAACCAAGGCCAGACCAAGACCAAGACUGAUGCCCAGAAGGAAUUACUGGAUGCAGAGCUGGACUUUCACAAGAAGAUGAGCUCUGGAGAGGACACAACAGACCUCAAGAGAAAACUGGGGCAGCUACAGGUUGAGGCAACGCGGUUGGGCCUGAUUCGGCCUCCAGCGGGCCGGGGUCGGGGUCGCGGCAAGAUGGCACUGGAGCCCGGUUCCAUGCACGUGGGCCGCGGCAGGGGCCGAAGCCGGGAGAUGAUGGCUCGCGGCGGGGCCGUGAACCGUAUGGUGGUGGACCACAGACCCAGAGCCCUGGCAAUUUUGGGGGUCACUCAGGAGGAGAAGGAAGAGCUAAUGCCUCACUUUGUGAAAUUUGGGGAGAUUGAGGAUCUCCGUGACCAAGACGCAAACAGUGUCGUCAUGACCUUUAAAACACGAAGCGAAGCAGAGAAUGCAGCGAACCAGGGAGCUAAGUUCAAAGGUCGAGUGCUGCAGAUUUCCUGGUACAAGCCCAAGACGCCUUCUGUGACAACGGAGCCAGAGGAGGAAGAGGCGAAAGAUGAGGAAAAUAAGAAGGAAGCUAGCUCUUACUUGCCUGGUGAGGAGGAGGAGGAAGAGGAGGAGGAGGAGGAUGACGACGAAGACGACGAGUACGAGAGCCGAUCGUGGAGACGGUGAAGGCAUUGUGAUUCGUCGUUACCUGCUCUGCAGCAAAAUCAGUGGUUAUUUUUCCUCACGCAGAUAAAAUCAAUACAGCAGAACUCGUCAUUUUUUUCCUUUCCAGUAUUUUCAAACUAAGUAAUUUUAGACUCUAAUCAAAGUAAAAACAUCUUUACUUUAUUGUACAUCAAAAGAAGUUUCGAGGGUCGACAGUUUUUGUAUCCCUCGACUAAACAAUUAUUUAAAACAUCUCACUUUUGCUGAGAAAGAUAAAUGUUAAGUUGUUCUUAUAGAUAGAAAAACAUAUGUAAGUUUCAGUGUGCUUACCAGAUGAUUAAUAUCAGUAAUGCACAACAUUUGUGUCUACUGUGAAUAGGUAUUUUUAUACAUACUGUAUUUAAGCUCUUUUUCUCACCAGUUUUUGAAAAGUCUUGUCCUCCGUUCAGGGACAGCCAUUCCAUCACCAUUAGAACGUUCUCUGUUGCUAACCAGAGAGAUAUUUAUUUAUUUUUUCCACUGCAUAAAUGCCCUGUGCCACACCUACGUUGGCACAGUGUGGUGUGGGUUUCCAUUUCACUUUAAUCGCAGUUUGUUUUUUGGCAUGGGAAAUCCCAAAAUGUUAAAGGAUCCAAAUAUUUUUGACAGUGGCUCUGUGUGCUGGCAUGAAUACAUGCUAGUUUGUGCAUGUUGUAUUCCCAAACAAACAGAGCCACCCCCUCCCAGCACUCAAAGGUGCUGAUACUGUACCAUGACCAUAUUAGAGCCAGUGCAGGUACAGAAGGAUACCAGUGCAAUAGAAAAACUCUUAACAAUGUUUACAAAUUGCCAUGUCCAUGCACGACAGAUACAGUCUUGUAGUAAAAAAAUUCAAAUUUUCCCCGUGUGUAUUUUGUUGUUCACUCAAUGUCCAGUGCCACUCUGUGUAAAUACAAACACCCAUGCAGGUGUUCUACAUUUUCUAAGAGUGUGUUACAUUUUUCACUUGUUUUAUUCUGUCACCUGUUCAUCCAAAGGGCCUGACAGGACAAGGAUCAGAUCACCCAUUUCAAAAAUGUGAGAUCCAUAGACAGGUGUCUGAAUGUAAUA